UGCGCUCCUCCCAAAUAAUCCCCCAUCGUAAAAAAGAAAAAGAAGCCUUAAUUGCUCUCACCCGAGUCCAAGCCCUCUUGCAUUUCUCUUGCCCUAACCCCGAAACCCUUGAAACCUUCCUUCAUCUCGCUCCCAUGGAGGCCAUUUACCUGGUUGAUGAGAACUACGAGUUCUCAGCGCCUCGCUUCUUCGAUUUCCUCAACAAGGAGACCGAGGAGCAGAUCCAUAAGGCCGAGCAAUGGUUCGAGACCUGCCGCAGCUAUGCCCCUUCCCCUUUCAUGCCAAAGAUAAGAAAAGGCAGACCGGGUGUCGAUUGCCCUAGCGAUUUUGGAGAUGAAGAAAAGAUCCAUAAGCAGGAGCCAGAGGUUUUAGCUGUAGAAAACCAUGGAGUUGAGCAAGAUUCCAGCGUCAAGGCUGGUGAGUUGCAGAUGGUUGUGGACAUGGAGCUAAUUGAUAGAAGGGGCUCUUUUGGAUUUGAUGCUGAUGCUAAACAAUGUGACAGUAAUAUUGUUCAUAAGGAAGAUGAAAUUUCAACAUCAGUGGUCUGCCUCAAUAAUGAUUCUACAUUUGCAUUUCCUGUUCUUGAUGUGGCCACAGCCCCAGCUACAAUCAGCGAGUCAGACCAAGAAAGUAAGAAAUUGGUUAAAUAUAAUUUAAAUGAAGCUCUCACUCCCAAACUUCGAAGUUCCUCCAUUAAAGAAACAGCAGUGACAAUGGGUUCGCAGAAUCAAACAGCUAAAAAGGCAGCUAGCUUGGUUAAACAAUCUUCGGUAUUAAAGCCUAAAAACCACACUACUCAAAACAUUCAAGGCUUUAAUCCGCGAAAGAGCGCCAUCAAAUGUCCUGGUGGUGCCCAUACAAAAAAUGCAUUAUCUACUGAUAUCUCUCAGGAGAAUCAAGCCAUUAAGAGGCAGAAGCUGGAAGGAGGACUUUCUAAGAAGAUACACAAUGUUAAAGCUCCAGUGUUGCUGCACAAAUCUAAGCCAGGUUUAUGCGGAGGAAAUGACUUAAUUACUUUAGCUCUUAAAUGUCAUCAAGAGCAGCGCAGGGAAGUAGAGCCUUACAUUUCUACUGCAGAGAUGAUUCAGAAGUUCCAGUCUAGAACCAGAGAAAUUGAGCUGCCACAUAAAACAUCAUUUUCACAGGAUACUAUUACCACAAUUCAAAUGAGGCCUAAACUUACCUUGACAAGGCCAAAAGAACCAGAGCUGGAGACUGCUCAAAGAGUUAGAGCAGUAAGGAUAAAGAGCACUGCAGAGCUUGAGGAGGAGAUGUUGGCCAAAAUUCCCAAGUUUAAAGCAAGACCGUUAAACAAGAAGAUUCUUCAAGCUCCACCACCACUGCCAAGAAGCACUCCCCAACACCCAGAUUUUCAUGGAUUUCAUUUUAAGACUAUGGAAAGGGCAAAUCAACAUGUUGAAACAACAUCUCUUGUCUCUUCAGUAGAUGCUCCUUCCCUGAAAAAAUUCAAACCUUUGAAGCUUACUGAACCAAGACCUCCUGUUCUUGAAACUGCACUAAGGGCACGACCAAUAGCGAUAAAGAGCUCACAGGAAUUGGAACUGGAGGAACUUGAGAAGAUUCCCAAAUUUAAGGCCAGGCCACUCAAAAAGAAGAUUUUAGAAAGCAAGGGAGAUCUCGGAUUACAUUGCCCAUCCAAAUCACAACUUACAGUUCCACAAGAGUUCCAUUUUGCUACAAAUGAUAGGUUGGGCCCUCCACCUUCAACUAUGAUGAUAGAAAACUUUGACAAGCUUUCCAUUCAUUCAGAAUCUUCUCAUCACAGCCUGCAAGUAAUUCCAAAACUCACAAAGCCAAAUCCUUUCCAUCUUUAUACAGAGGAGAGAGGACUUGAGAAAGAGAAACUUUUUACACUUCAAAUCCUAGAAAAGCAAUUUGAGGAAGAGAAAGCUCGGAUUCCUAAGGCGCAUCCUUACCCUUAUACUACAGAUUAUCCUGUUAUGCCACCAAAACCUCAACCCAAACAAUGCACGAAGCCAGAGGUUUUCCACUUGGAUAGCCUAAUUAGACACGAUGAAGAGGUGCAGAAAAGAUUAGAGGAGAAGGAAAAUAUGGAAAGGGAAGAGGCAGAGAGAAGAAUUUUUAGAGCACAACCUAUAAUGAAAGAGGAUCCAAUUCCUCUUCCAGAAAGAGAACGAAAGCCUCUCACAGAUGUCCAGGGGUUUUCACUUCAUGUGGAUCAUAGGGCUGUGGAAAGAUCAGAAUUUGAGAAGAAGAUUAAGGAAAAAGAAUUGGCUGGCAAAAGGAUUAGAGAGGAGCAGGAGAAUGAAAAGAUGAUUGAAGAAGAAAAAGUUAUCAAGCAAAUGAGAAGAACAAUGGUGACUCAUGCCAGGCCUAUUCCAAAUUUCAGCAAUCCAUUCCAACCACACAAGUCAACAAAGAAGACAACAAAGCCCAAGUCACCAAUUUUGCUUGUAAAUCAAAGGGAGAGGACGCUGGCACUUCACUUGAGAUGAUUUUUUGCUGGCUAAUGCUUGUUCAAGUCUAAUUGAACCAAUGUUGGGAGAGACAAUUAUUCAAUUGAAGCAUACUAGUUGACUCAUUUUUCUUCAAAUCAGUGAAGUACUAAUAAUAGAAGUGUAGUUGCAAUCGAAUCAAUUAUUGGUUAUCUU